AAUAUGGUCUGAGGGAUAACGUGUGGAUGCAAUCAUUAUACGAAGUUCGGCAGCAAUGGGCAAGAGUUUACCUGAAGAGCACAUUCUUUGCGGAAGUAUCACCAUUUCAAAGAGCUGAAAGCAUGAAGAAAUUCUUUAAAAGAAACUUUGAAAAAAAUGCUAACUUGAGAGAGUUCAUUGUGAAAUUUGAUCAAGCUAUGUAUGGUCAGUUAGAGAAAGAAGUAAAAGAGGAUUUCACCAGUAUGUGUGGUUCACCCAUAUUGAAAACUGGAUCACCCAUGGAGAAACAAGCAGCAUUGACUUACACUAAGACCAUAUUUGCCAUUUUCCAGGAAGAGUUUAUCCAGUCUUUUGCUUAUCUUUCUGAUAAAAUUGAGGACGGAACAAUUUGUACAUACAGAGUAUCUUUAAAAGGAGGCAGCAUCCAGAAAUCCUUCUUUGUCUCCUUUGAUGUUCCCAAUAUGCAUGCUGCCUGUACCUGUGGUAUGUUUACCUUCUCAGGCAUCCUAUGUAGGCAUGCCUUACGAGUAUUUUUCUAUUCUUGGUUUUUUGUAAGCUUCCGAUUACUACUUUUUUUGAAAAGAUGGAAGCAGAUUGCUAAAAAUGGUGCAAUAUCGUACAAACCUCCAGAGCUUCUGCAUACUGAUAAAAUUUCUGUAGCUUCUCGGUACAAUAGUCUCUUCCUAGAUGUCCUUAAGUUUGCAGAAGAAGGGUCAACAUCUGCUAUCAUCUAUAAGGUGGCAAAGGAUGCUCUCCACAAAGCUUUUACUGAAGUUGCUGCUGCUAGAAAAGCUGUCUGUUCAACAGAGAAAGGGCACUAGUUUUCAUCAUUAUCAAUGGCGACGUGACCGAAAAUUUGGGGAUCCAUGAUCAAAAGAUGUGGCAUCAGGCUGCUCCUGAAGUGACAAUAUUGCUUGAAGGAUUUUGUUGCUUAA